GUGCGCCUGCUACUUGCGAACCUUGACGGUACCAAGCCUGCAGGGCCUGACGGGCUUCAUCCGCUAAUUAUCAAAUCACUAGCUGCCAUUAUCUCGCCUGUCGUUACGGAUCUAUUCAACAAAUCAUUGUCUGAGGGCUCAUUGCCAAACGACUGGAAGCGCUCGGUGGUGAGGCCGAUCCCGAAAGGUGGCGACCCCAGUAAGGUGGAUAACUACAGGCCAAUUUGUCUUACACCCGUUUUGGCCAAAGUGAUCGAGAAGAUAGUAAAAAUGCGUCUAAUACAUCUGUUACAAUCGAAAGAACUUCUGACACCGGCACAACACGGAUUCAGGAUGGGAUAUUCUUGUGUUACAAACUUACUUGUGACGAGACAGGAAUGGUUGCAAGCACUGAACCGGGGAAAGUCCGUCGACGUAAUCUACAUCGACUUCAGCAAAGCAUUCGACAAAGUCAAUCAUGAAUUGCUUCUAGACAGAUUAAGGUCGUGUGGUGUCGGAGGAUCGUUACAUCGAUGGAUCCAUGAAUUUCUCGUUGGAAGAAAGUGGAGGGUACAGGUGGACGGCCAUCUAACCGAUUGAUAUCCCUCG